UCUAAUAUGCAUAUUCAUUCUACACGAGAAAUGAUCACUUUCUUCCACCCAUAACUGCACCAUGUUCUAUCCUUUGUUCCUUUUUUUCUUCUUGUUUUCUCAUGGAAAUCUGUCCUUUGGAGACAAUUCUAGUAGCCUAUUUCGAUCCUUUCGAAUGCUCCACCUCCCAACCCCCACAAUAGGUCCCGAGGCCCUUGCCUUUGAUUGCUCUGGUGCUGGCCCGUAUGCUAGUGUAGCAGAUGGGAGAGUUCUUAAGUGGCAGGCUGAAUCUGCUGGUUUUGUGGAUUUCACGGUUGCUUCUCCGUCUAGGUCCAAGCAACUGUGUGAUGGUUCAAGUGAUCCUGCAAAGGAACCCACCUGUGGGAGACCAUUAGGAAUAGGUUUCAAUAACAAAACAGGUGAUCUCUACAUCGCUGAUGCCUACUAUGGCCUCUUCGUUGUUGGUCCCGACGGUGGAAGAGCCACCCAACUUGCCACUGAAGCAGAAGGUGUUCCGUUUAGGUUUCUUAAUGCUGUAGAUGUCGACCAGGAAACUGGCAUAGUUUAUUUCACAGAUGCUAGUGCUCGCUUUCAAAGAAGGGAAUUUCAAAACGCUGUUCUAGCAGGAGACAUGACUGGGAGGCUAAUGAAAUAUGAUCCAAGAACCAAACAAGUCACAGUGUUGUUAAGAGGCCUGGGUCUUGCAGUUGGAGUGGCAAUAAACAAAGAUGGGUCAUUCGUCCUGGUUUCUGAGUUUAUUGCCACCAGAAUCCAAAGAUAUUGGCUUAGAGGCCCCAAAGCGAACACCUCAGAACUUUUCCUGAAACCUACAGGCACCCCAGAUAACAUUAAGAGGAAUGCAAGAGGAGAGUUUUGGGUGGCUGCGAAUAUAGGAGCAGAAAUGGCUGCAGCUGCGCCUUUGGGGCUUAGGGUUAGCGAAGAAGGGAAGAUUUUGCAGGUGGUGGCCUUUGAUACAGGAGAUAUAACUAGGACCAUCAGUGAAGUUCAUGAGUAUAAUGGAGCAUUAUAUGUAGGGUCUCUGGCUUUGCCUUUUGUUGGUGUUUUUACCUUCUAGGCCUUGCCAGUGCUGGUAUGCAUAAAAGCCUGCUUGGUUGUUUAAGGCUCUGAAGGGAAUAACUGAAUAUUCAGCUGAUCUGCUGCCUUGAUAUUACUAAAAUAAAUUGAAUAUUAAAUAAAUCUCUAUGCA